GACAUUUUGUUUAUGGAGUUCUCUUUGAGUUCCAGUUUCUUGUAAAGCUUUUGUGCCCCGAAAGAACUGGAUAUAUUUUUUUAGAAAUGAAAUAAACCAAAUAUAACAUUAAGAUAAAAUUGUCCUUUUUCAGUAUAAGUAGUGGUAUAAAUAAUUAAAAUGUCUAAUUACCAAGAAAUCGUCAAUUUAAAUGUAGGGGGUACAAGGUUCGCAACUUCAUGGCACACUUUGACAUGGGUACCAGAUACAUUUUUCACAGCAUUGCUGAGUGGUCGGAUACCAACAGUUAGGGAUGAGACUGGUGCCAUAUUUAUAGACCGAGAUCCAAAUCUGUUUGGCCUCAUCCUGAACUUUUUACGGAUGCAUGACAUAGACUUAAAUAAUGUGAACAUUAGAGCUUUAAGACAUGAGUGUGACUAUUUUGGCAUCACACCACUGAGCAGGAGACUGGCACUAUGUGAUGAAAUGAACCAUUCCUCUUGUGGUGAUGUGCUCUUCUAUGGAUAUUUACCACCACCACAAUUAAAUUUGCCUAUCCAAAGUACUAGUAACAGUAGAAAUGCCAACAGCUGUUCAAGAAAAAACUCCACAGCCUCCAACUCGGAUGGCUCCACAAACAGGACACACUCAAGGAACUCGUCACUUGAUCUCAGAACUAUUGGGAGGAUCCCAUCUCAGGAUCAGUUAAGUCGAUGUGGAAGAGGUCAUUCCAGGGCAGCUUCCCUAGGCAACAACACAGACUGUUACAAGGGAAUACGACCCCCGGAAGUAAAUGCCUGGACGGACAGUAUGAAGGUUCAAAUAAUAAAAGCGCAUCACAACUGGAUAGCAGUUGCUUACACAUAUUUUGUCGUUGGAUAUAGAUUAACCGACUCGUGCGGCUGGUACCAAAUGUUCCAAUCUCCGGUGCAAGACUCGGCCAUAGAGCGAAUAGCGUUGAACGCAAAGACCGGAAGCAGCGCCAACUCCAGCGGGAACACUUCAACCGGAACUGACGUCAUGCUGGGCAUCGCCAGCGGGCCGCUGUUGCGGCUGUGGGCGUUCUCUACCCACAUUGAGCCAGUACGGAUGAACCUGAUUGGCACAUUCAACCUUGGCAUGCGAGUGGAACACCUUCUGUUCGUGGGCCCGCAGCUGGUCGCGCUGAGCGGCGCCGGCAGCCGCAGCAAGGCGGGCGUCUGGCACACCAGCACUCAACAUUGGCAGACCCAGGAUGUGGCCCACUUGACUACCUAUGACACUGCGGGAUCGUUCUUGUUGUUGGGAACGGCUACGGGCACUAUUAAUUACAUUGACAUGCAGAAGUUUCCUCUCCGCAUGAAGGACAAUGACCUUUUGGUAACGCAGCUGUACAAGGAUCCCAACCAAGAGCCCAUCACUGCUAUAUCUGUGUAUCUUACACCUAAAACUAAUCUGUGCGGCAACUGGAUCGAGAUCGCGUACGGCACGCGCUACGGCUCCGUGCGCGUCAUCGUGCAGCACCCGGAGACCGUGGGCCACGGCCCGCAGCUCUUCCAGACUUUUACCGUGCAUCAAAACCCUAUCACAAAGGUGUCUCUAUCGGAGAACUACCUGGUGUCUGUGUGCAGCGAGUACAACCACGUGCGCUCGUGGCAGGUGACGCGCUUCCGCGGCAUGAUCUCCACGCAGCCCGGCACCACGCCGCACGCCGCCUUCAAGGUGCUCGCGCUCGAGGCGCCCACUGCGCAGGCGCACAACGACUGCGGUCCAUAUGGAGAGCAAGAUGAGGAGCAGAUAUUCAUACAAAAAAUCGUUCCCGAUACUGACACGCUGUAUGUGAGAUUAGCGUCGAACGGCAAAAGAGUAUGCACGAUCAGAUCUGUCGACGGCUCAGCGGUGUCAUGUUUCGUGGUGGCAGAGUGCGAAGGGGCGUUGCGACCUAGAAGAUUGUUGCUCUGUGGUCACCGCUCGGGCGCCACGCAGAUGUGGGACCUCACCGCGCCCAUUGACAAGGCAGCCAAGCCGGGACACAUCUCUGCUGCCGAAAGCGAAGAAGACGAAACAGACGGCGGGCCAAGCCCAGACGAACUCGUGCGCCUCCUCUCCGCUUGUGACCUGGACGCGGCCCCCGCCCCUGCGCCCUACGACCCGCCGCGCCCCCUACAGGCCCCAUGAACACUGUGCGGCGCGCUGCACGCGAUUUACACCUUUAUGUUCAACGGGUAGAGCUCUCAUUACCUUACGUCAUUUGUUCUCCAUCGCUCCCCGCUACACGCGACUCGCGCCUUGAUGUUGAAAUGGUAAGGCUCAAAUUACCUAUGACUGUUGUCCAGCGCGCCCCGCACCACAUUGCACGCGUUUUACACGAAUAGGUAAUUUGAGUAGUUGUCUAGUGUGCCCCGCGGCACGCUGCAUGCGAAUCUCACCUUUAUGUUUUAACGAGUAGGGCUCUAUAUACCACUUUAUAAAGCAGCGUGUUUCACUGUACACAUCGCGAUAUUUAUACGAUGCGUGAACGAUUUCCAACUUUGUACCCUUGGGGCAGCGUUUAAAUUUGCUAUGACAAAAAAGGGUAUGAAACAUUGCGCUACAAGACAAAGGCCCUAGAAAGACACUAUUUUCUAACACUUCUAGUAAAUAUGGAAUGGUGAAUAUUGCCGCGUUAUCUGAUCUCUUGCCCUUACUCAUAUAUACUAAUAACUUUGUCGCACAAAAUCCCAUUACACGAUCGAUGUAGCUUUUCAUCACAGCAUUUCGGCAGGCUGAAGAAAGGUAAUAAAAAUAAAUGGAAAAAUUACAUAUCAGAUGUUGACCUAAUUACUUACCACAUAAUAAAAUAGACAGCACGCAUAUAUAUAACUAUAAAUUUUGCUUAAUUUUAAAUCGGUGAUCUAAUUCCCUAACCGGACCCAAAGAAGCAAGAGCGAUAAAUUAACGUUUAGAUGUUUGUAGGUAGACAAAAUUAUUGUUGGAAAUUAAUUUAUUCUUGUCAUUUUUGCAGUGGACUAUUUAUAAUGUAUUUAUGACGUUGUAAAAGAAAAUGUUUAUGGAGGGCAGUCGCUUACGACGUAAUCUCAGCACCUAUAAUAAAAAUCUACCCCCGUAAGGACCUUUUCUCAUUGAACGUCACAAAUGGUGACAGAAUCAAUUUAGAUAGACUUCCCAAAAUAUUAUUCUUUUCAGUAUGUACUCGUAACUAAAAUUUAGUUUUUCUUUAGUUCCUAUCAAAUGUCAAUCGUUAUGGUUAUAAGUUCAGUGUAUAUUUUGAUAAAUUUGCGGUUGGCAGUAUAAUUUAAGACGUCGUGUGUACAACGUAUAUGAUGUGUAUGUCAUAAUUUUAAAUAAUUAAUUUAAAAGAUCUUGAAUGUUGAACAGUUUUUAAACUGUAGCUCUUUUUGUUAUAUUAUUUUUAUAAGUUUAAGGUAAGAUUCGUCAUUACUACUACGCACUCGAUGCAUUUUCUGUGCAAACAACAGAAAUAAUGUGUAUCUGUGGGGCUAGUACGAGUUUUUGUAAUAACGUAAUCGUAUCGAAAUAGACACAAUUUAUAUGGAAAAUUAAUAGCAUUUUCAAGUUGUUGAACAACUUGACAAUGUGUAUGGGGAAUUUAAUAGCUCAUUUUGUGUACGAUAGAGAUGCUAUUAAUUUUCCAAAAGUUCACGCAAAUAUUUGUGCUAGCACCAAAGAGCCCUUCGCUUGCUUUAGAAUCCGAUUACUACGUUUGCUGUCGCGAGUGCUUCGCCAGAUAUUUUUGUAACUAUGGCGCAUAAAGACUGAUUUCAUUAAUAGGCUCAAUGAUUUUUAAUGAAAUUCUCAUGAAAUCAUUUAUUUUUGAAAAUAUUUAUUACUAUGUAUGUUGGAAGGUAUUGUAAAUACGACUGAGAGUGCAGUGACGUAGAUGUUAAACUAUUUGAAAUUAUGUAACUCGUUGUUGUUGUUGUUGUAGUAGUAAAAUGCGGUGUGUUAUUUUUAUUGAAUACACUUUCAAAUAAAAAUUUAAUUUUCAACAUAAAUGUGCUUUAAUAUAAAGAAAUGUGUAAAAUAGAGUUUUACUUACCACAAUUUUAAAAAUCAAGUUAUAAUUUUCAUUUUAGAUUUUAUUAGUAGGUACAUAGAAUAUCGUUGACUGCAAAUCACGCUUCGGCGUGACCGCGAACAAAUAUCUCAUACAAAAAUAAUCUUAAAUAUCGAUAUUUCGUUUAGGCGAGCCGCAGUCAAUUUUUUUAAUAGAUUAUAUACAUAUAUUAUAACCUAUUACACUUGGUACUCAUAGCCAGAAUUAAGGAUAAAUAAUUUAAAUUACUUAUCAAGCAGCACUAAGUUUUUUUUAAUGAAAUCAACACACUUUCCGUCUUAUGUUCUGAUUUCUAGGUGGUUGUAUGUUUCUCAAUUGUUUCGGUAGAAAGUAAUUAUAGUGGUUAUAUUUUCCAAUAAAUUAUAAAACUGAAUAUUGAAUAAAUUAUUUACAUAAUUCA